UUGUUUGGAGGAGAUGGAAGUUACAUGGCUCCUUUCUCUCUUCACAGUGACAAUAUCCUCACUAGCCUCAUGAGUCAAGUCUGCUAUUUGUUAUUGAUAAAAAUAAUGGAGUGUUCAAGAUUAUUUUUUUCAUAUGAAUUAUUUUACCAACAUAACAUCUCAUUCCAAUCUCUUCUAGUAAAGUGAUGUUGACUGUUAUUUUUGCAUAUUGCAAUCUGUCCCUCCUACUAUCUGGUAUCGAUUAGUGGCUGGUCUAAAUGCUCAGUUACGUUUAGUUCGCCGUGGACAUUUAAGAACAAGUUUUUGUUUAAUAAUGAACUGGCUUGAAACACAUGCAAAUCCUACUGUAAGUCCCUAUGGUGUACAUGUUGAUCUGGCUUGCUUUCAGCCCAUUGCUUGUGGUGAUCACCAGUUUGGACUCACUGUACAUGCUGUUGAAGAUGAAAGUACACAACCAUCAGUUGAAGAGCCAAAUGUAACUUCAUUAGAUGAGCAACAGUCAUGUUUAAUUAAUAAUGAUUGGAGGAAAGCAGUGGAUGAUUCAAGCGCCUGUGAACAUCUAUUGACACAUAAAAGUAUAGGUGGAGGAAUUUUACAAAUUAAGAUCUUGCAAACACUUGAAGAGAAGAAGACUCUAUGUUAUCCUCUCUCUUUUAUACUUCAUAAUACUAAACCUAUUAGUCAUCAGGAUCUUAGCUGCUCAAUGUGGGGGUGGGGGAGCAAGGGCACAUGGAAGAGUCUAAGGUUGGGGAUGCAUCUAGGGGAGUAUUUACGUAUUUUAUAUAUAAAUUUAUUGUAA